AUGUCUGCUCCAGCUCUAAACUACAAGAUCGCCGACAUCUCUCUAGCUGCCUUCGGUAGAAAAGAGAUCGAAUUGGCCGAACAUGAAAUGCCUGGUUUGAUGGCCAUCAGAGAAGCCUACGGUGCUGUUCAGCCUCUAAAGGGUGCUCGCGUUGCUGGUUGUCUACACAUGACUAUCCAAACUGCCGUUUUGAUCGAAACUUUGGUUGCUUUGGGUGCUGAGGUUACGUGGUCUUCGUGCAACAUCUACUCGACCCAGGACCACGCUGCUGCUGCCAUCGCUGCCGCUGGUGUGCCAGUGUUCGCCUGGAAGGGUGAGACCGAGGAAGAAUACUUGUGGUGUAUCGAACAGCAGUUGUUCGCCUUCAAGGACAACAAGAAGUUGAACCUCAUCUUGGACGACGGUGGUGAUCUAACCUCUUUGGUCCACGACAAACACCCAGAAAUGUUGAAGGACUGCUUCGGGUUGUCCGAGGAGACCACCACCGGUGUUCACCACUUGUACAAGAUGGUCAAGGAGGCCAAGUUGAAGGUCCCAGCCAUCAACGUCAACGACUCUGUCACCAAGUCCAAGUUCGACAACUUGUACGGCUGCAGAGAAUCUUUGGUCGACGGUAUCAAGAGAGCCACCGAUGUCAUGAUCGCCGGUAAGACCGCUGUCGUUGCUGGUUUCGGUGACGUUGGUAAGGGUUGCGCCGACUCUCUAAGAGGUAUGGGUGCCCGUGUGAUUGUCACCGAGAUUGACCCUAUCAACGCUUUGCAGGCUGCCAUGCAGGGAUACCAAGUUUUGCCAAUGGAGGAAGCUGCCUCUGAGGGUCAAAUCUUUGUCACCACCACUGGUUGCAGAGACAUCAUCACAUCCGAGCACUUCUUGGCCAUGCCAGAGGAUGCCAUUGUCUGCAACAUUGGUCACUUCGACAUUGAGAUCGAUGUCGCCUGGUUGAAGGAGAACGCCAAGGAAUGCAUCAACAUCAAGCCACAAGUUGACCGUUUCUUGCUACCUACCAACAGACACGUGAUCUUGUUGGCCGACGGUAGAUUGGUUAACUUGGGAUGUGCCACUGGUCACUCUUCUUUCGUUAUGUCGUGCUCUUUCUCUAACCAGGUCUUGGCCCAGAUCGCUUUGUUCAAGGCUGGCGACUUGGAGUUCAGACAGAAGUUCGUCGAAUUCGAAAAGACUGGUCCUUUCGAAAUCGGUGUCCACGUCUUGCCAAAGAUCUUGGACGAGGCUGUUGCCAAGUUCCACUUGGACAAGCUAGGUGUUCGUUUGACCAAGCUAACUCCUGUUCAAUCUGAAUACUUGGGAAUUGCCAACGAAGGUCCAUACAAGGCCGACCACUACAGAUACUAA